UAAAGGAAUUGUGAGAGGCACAGAGUACCAUAGACAUCCAUCCUACCAGGAAAGAGAGAGCCUGCGUGAAGAUGUGGAAGACUUUGGCACUGCUUGUGUGUGUCCAAGUUUGUGCACAUGGCCCUAUGCACCCCCGUACUGAGGGUGGUGUUGAUGCUCCUAAGAAGGAGUUUCCGUGGAUGGUUAGUUUGCAUGACCCCACCUGCCAUUUUUGUGGAGGUUCCCUCAUCAACAAGGAAUGGGUGCUGUCAGCAGCUCAUUGUUUCUUUAGCAUCAAUGAUGAGAAGGUCAACAAGGACAACAUACGGGUGUACUUGGGAAAGAUGACACAGCGUGAAAAAAAUAAGAAGGAACUCAUGUUAAACGUUAAAGAAAUCUACACUCACAACCAAUACAAUGCAACAACUAUAGACAAUGACAUCGCUCUGCUGCACUUGUUAUCUCCUGUUGAAUUUAAUAACUAUAUAAGUCCAGUGUGUCUGGUAGCCCAGGGCAGUAAUUUCCGUCCUGGCACCAAAAGUAAGAUCUUAGGCUGGGGAUUAAAUGCAGCUGGAGAAAAUCUACCUUAUCCUGGGACUCUGCAGGAGGCUGAAGUUGAUGUGGUGGACAUUAAUUACUGCCGAAACCAGCUGAGCAACAAUUUUCCCUGUGUAUAUCACCAAAUCACCAACAAUAUGAUUUGUGCUGGCGUUCCUGCUGGUGGUGUAGGCCCAAACAUGGGGGACUCUGGAGGUCCAAUAAUGAGUCAGCACUGUUCACGGUGGGUUCAGUUUGGCAUCACCAGCUGGGGUAUUGGCUGUGGUAGACCUGACAUAACUGGUGUGUACACUGACGUCUCACAGUAUCAGAGAUGGAUUACAGACACUAUUCAGAACCAGGAUCCAUACCAGGACCUCCCACAAUUUGUCGACCUAAACUCUCAAUGCACAAAAGGCUCAGAAAAGCAGAACAAGAUGUGGAAAUGGUGCUGCUGCAAAUGAGGUGUGUGCCAGCUCUGAAGACUCUUCUACAAUUACUUUACUUUCACAGACACAGGCAACAUGAUAAAGUCUCUUCAACUUCCAGUAAAUUUUGCUUUUAUAGCUCUGUAAUAUCAUUAACCAGUUCCACUACAAACUGUUCAUCACAGAACUUCUCCACUCCACUGUGGGCAUAAAUUGCAAUGUUUGAUGUGUACUUUUCUCUCAGUUUUCCUCUCAUUUGUUAUUAAUCUUGAUUUUACAUUAUAUUUGACAAUGUUAAUCAAAUAUCUUGCACAUAAAUGUGUCUUCAUAUCAAAUCAAAUGACUUAUUUGAAAUUUAGUUUGCAAUCAGAGAUUAUUGGAUUAUUAUUUCUUUUUAUCAUUAAAUAAAUUAUUUGAGCAUCUCAAGGUCUGUGUCACCAUUUCA